AUGCCAGUCCUUCUGCCUGCUGCAGGUGCUAACGUCGCCGUUGGGAAGCCCGCGGAUCAGACCAGCACGUACCCGGGCGGGGAGCCCGGCCGGGCCGUGGACGGGAACACGGACGGAGACUACUCCGCCGGCUCCUGCGCUGCCAGUCCGUACCAGGGGCAGGCUAACGUCAGCUGGUGGGUGGAUCUGGGGGAACCCUACAUGAUUGACAGGGUGGUCAUCUUCAACCGUCAGGAUGAAUUUCCGGAACGACUCAACCCCUUCAACAUCCACAUCGGCGAUCUCAACCCCUUCAACAUCCACAUCGGCGAUUCCGGCGACGUCAUCUCAAACCCCAGGUGUGGAGGUGACCAUCACAUCGACGUGACCCAGCCGUCCAUUUCCGUCUCCUGUCCGGGGAUGCGGGGACGCUAUGUGGUCGUCCGUCUGCCCGGGCCCUCUCGAGUACUGAACAUCUGUGAGGUCCAAGUAUUUCCGGCUAUUCCUAGAAGAGUCGGUCUCUGGCCGUUAAAUGCAGAGCAUCUUGCCAAUGACACCAGUGGAGGAGGCAACCACGGCGUGGCUGUAGGAACAACUUUGGCAGAGGGACCUGAUGGUGAAGCUCAAUCAGCAUUCACCUUUGCUGGAAAUCAUCAAUCCUACAUAGAAAUUGCCAACAACGGAGAGCUGGAUGUGAAAAGAUCCUUCACCAUUCUGUUGUUCGCCUACCACCUUGGAGGUCAACCAAUGUUGGACUAUAGAGGCCCUGGCGCAGGGACACUUUUUUGGAUCUGGCCGGACCGCCAACUGUACAUCGAGUAUGUAACAUGAAGUG